GCCAUGGAAGUGUGACCAUGCAGCGAUUGUUGGAAUAUGCAGCAAAAACGCUACUCGGACUUGGGAAAAUCAAUACAAUUCACUUUACAUUAUUAUUGCGAAUGGUAAAGUCCGUUUAAUAGCUAAAUUUGAAGUUUGCACAAUUCUCAACACUUCUUAGAGUUUCGAAAGCGCUGUAAAUGAAAAUCAAAGCUGUGAAUUUAAUUGAAUAGUUUAAGCCGUGAUUUGUGUAUGCAGACGUUUGCUUUCAAUAAACUGUGUAGCUAGCUAGGAAGCCGCAUAUUUUAAUUUCUGGGAAAUUUAGAUGAUAAAUCUCUCAAAAGAACUAAAUAAAUUUUAAAAUAAUGCCACUGUUUGGCAAAAAAGAUUCGGGCAAAAAGGCCAAAUCUAAAGAUUUGAAGGAGUUAAACAAACAGGUGUCAAUUGAAGAGAAGUACAACCUCCAUGGUCUUCUAGGGACGGGCGCAUUUUCUGAAGUGCGCUUAGCCGAAAGUAAAGAAUCACCUGGCGAUCAUUUUGCAGUUAAAAUUAUCGAUAAAAAAGCGCUGAAGGGAAAAGAGGAAUCAUUGGAAAAUGAAAUACGUGUACUUAGAAGGUUCAGUGCGAAUCAUUUCGAUGGCAACAGUCCGAAUGGAACGCGACUAACUCAUCCAAAUAUCGUGCAACUUCUUGAAACGUACGAAGACAAGGCAAAGGUGUAUCUGGUUAUGGAAUUAGUAACUGGCGGAGAAUUGUUCGACCGUAUAGUGGAGAAGGGAUCGUAUACCGAGAAAGAUGCAUCACACUUAAUUAGACAAAUCUUAGAGGCUGUAGACUAUAUGCACGAGCAGGGCGUUGUACAUAGAGAUCUCAAGCCCGAAAACUUACUAUACUAUAGUCCGGACGAUGAAAGCAAAAUCAUGAUAAGCGAUUUUGGUUUAUCAAAAACGGAGGAUUCGGGGAUUAUGGCAACGGCAUGUGGAACUCCAGGAUAUGUAGCGCCAGAAGUACUCGCCCAGAAACCGUAUGGCAAGGCCGUUGAUGUUUGGAGCAUAGGCGUCAUAUCCUAUAUACUCCUUUGUGGUUAUCCUCCAUUCUACGAUGAAAAUGACGCUAACUUAUUUGCACAAAUUCUAAAAGGUGAAUUUGAGUUCGAUUCACCAUACUGGGACGAGAUAAGCGAGUCGGCCAAGCAAUUUAUCAAAAACCUAAUGUGUGUUGCUGUAGAAAAGCGCUAUACUUGCAAGCAAGCAUUGGGACAUCCGUGGAUAUCUGGAAAUGAGGCAAGCAGCAAAAACAUUCAUGGCACUGUAUCGGAACAGCUUAAGAAAAACUUCGCAAAGUCACGAUGGAAGCAAGCGUAUUAUGCGGCGACAGUUAUCCGGCAAAUGCAGCGAAUGGCGCUUAGUAGCAACAGUAGCUCGACGGCUGAUGGAAGAACCUCUGUUAAUAUAUCUUCGGACAAUGGUAAUGGCCAAGUCUCUGUUACAGUUGAACCUGCAUCUACCGGACCCAUUGAGCCCGCAUCGGCCGCGCAGUCAACAUCCGACACAACAUCUUUGAUGGAUUCAGUUCAAUCUGUCAGCCCACGCAACGACAUUAAAAUUCACCAAAGAAUCUCGCCAAAUAGUAGUUUCAGCAGCGGCCAAGCCAACUAGGUGUAUCCUACACACGCAGUUAAAUAAUUUUAUAAACGGCAUAUGUGCUGGCAAAAAAAAAAUCACACACAGUCCAUAAAUGUUAUGAAUAAUGUUCACUUGAACUUGGCGCGAUCUACGGCUUUUGCAAAAAUACGGAAUUCUAUUUUGUUACUGCAUAUCAAAUCGUUUAAAUUUUAUAUACAUAUUUUCAUAAAGUUUAAGUAACGUCGAGCAUGUCGCGUUGAAACCAUUGCCACGCCUAUCACAUUUAGAUAGUUUUGAGCCAAUCAAGAUAGAACUUCGCACAUAUUAAAAAUAAACACGUUUUUUAUUUUAUAUAGCUUUUAUAUCAUCCUGUUCAGAUCAAUUUGUAAACUUGUUUGUUAUAGUUAUAUGAAUUUCUAUAUUUUUCAUGGUAUUUAUUAAAAUUUAAUAUUUUGUUUAAACAAUUAUUUGAAAAGGUUUCCCGCACUUUUAAUCUAAGUGUGUUCUUGAGAAAAUAAGCGCUGUUGUGUUUGUAUUUUUUGUUUCAUUUAUAUUGAUUACGCUUUGCCUGCAAAAAUGUACAUCACCAGCAAUUCCAAAAAAAGCUUUGCCAUUGAAUAUGAGAAAAAAAAGAGACACAAGAAGAAGAAUGAAAAACCUUGCAGAUCAGAGUCCACCUGCUGAGAUGUAAUUCAAUUUCAACAAAAGAAAAAAUUUACGUAUGGUUUUUCAAAUAUAUUUUAAAUAUCUUGCUAAACAAAAGAGAGUCUAGUAUGACUAGAGCUCAUCUGACGACCGAUUGUAUCCAUAGCAACUAUAUAGUGAUCCGAUCCUACAGCUACAAUAUUAUAUAUUUAUACAGACGCACAUAACUGUAUCGACUCGCCUAAUGAUGCUGAUCAUGUAUAAUUUAUUACUUAGCCAAAAAUGUAUAAAAUUCGUUGCAAGGGUAUAAAAAUCGGAAUCGCUCACAGCAACAACCCUGAAUAUCGAAGCUGAGCUGAGUUAUGUGCUUUGUAUUGACAUUGAAAAAUACGCACACGGACAGCAAAUGGCUGUGCUUUUUAGGGGUAUACAUUUGAUUUUGUUCUUUACUAGCAGGCAAUACUCAUUGUUAACCGGUAAAGAAAUGUUUGCAAAUAUCAAAAUUAUACGUAUAUGUUUUAAGAAAAUAAAUAAGUUUUGUGCAAUUAUAAAAGCUCGAAAAAUUAAACAAAAGUUAAACAAGAAAAACAAUUAUGAUUUAACGAAUUCUCAAUAAAAACAAAUAUUAGGCCAAUACUUUAAUACAAAUUAAUAAUCAAAAUAAAUAUUAAACACUUUAAUCUUAAUUACAAGUAAGAUUGAUCUAGUCGAGAGAGUUCGACUGGGAGACGAACACAGCUGUUAAAUAUAUUUAAUCGAUUAAAACACA